AUCACCUUCUUGGAUUACAAGCGGUAGUUUUUCCCGGUCGUUUCGACUUGCACUGAUCACGGUUACCGGUACUAAAAAAGUAACCGUGCAUUGAUUACAAUACUUACCAUACUUUGUAGUCAAUUUCAAUAUGAAUGAUAGAAACAGUUAUGGCAGGAAUUGAACCAGAUGAAGUUGAUACCUACUCACCAGAUUCUUUACUGGACAUCACAUGCAAUCACUGUUUGAAAAAUCCACAAUCAUUUUGUAAUAUUAACAGUUUAGGAUUACCUUCUCAGAUUCGCCCAGGCGUCUAUAUCCCUCUGGAGAUAGCUGAAAAACUAGUUAAUGCUUAUUAUAAGAAUUACAAGUCUGGAAAUCUGUUUUUGAGCUUGUUUUGUGACACCAAUGCAAGUAGACUGCAGAGAGUAUGCUUACAAGGAUGCCAGAGUGUAUCAGAAGAAGGAUUGAAGGCUGUCUGUCAACAGGAUUUAGUUGAGUUAGACAUUUCUGAGACACAUUUUGAGCCGUCAUGUUUAUCACAUUUACAGCAUCUAAAACCCACUCUUCAAUCAUUGAACCUUCAUGGGUGUGAUAAUUUAAUGAACAGCGCCACUGCAUAUCAGUUUCAAUUUACUAAUCUUCGUGUUUUAGACAUUGGACAGACGUCAUUGAAGCAACAUCAGUUGCAUCAACUCAUCAAGCCUCUUCUCAACCUUACUUCUAUAGAUUUAUCUGAAGUUGUCAGUGAUGGUGACUUGACAUUUUUAGACUCAGUCCUGAAUCAACUGAGAUCCCUUGUUUUAUUUGAUUGUAAAUUAACAUUACAGAGCUUUCAUUACCUGUGUCAGUUCAAAGCUUUGAGGCAUUUGGAUAUUUCUCAAGACAGUAGUUAUCAUGUGAAGACAUUUCCGAAUGUAGUACCAAUGUUACUACAAAAGUUACAAACAUUAGUUUCACUUGAUGUCUCUGGAACGGAUCUCCUAUUCCCAGAAAAGGCCAUGGAAGUUGGAGAUUGUAAAGGAACAAAGUGUAAUAUUAAUGCAUUUAAAGACUUCAAUAGAAAAUUGGAAUUUUUGGGAUUAUUGGACACUGAUGUCUGUGAGGAACCUAAUUUGCCAGCUGUGAAGGUAUCUGGAGGAGCCAAUGAAAACCAGAUAUUGAUUUCAUUAAAAGUGUACAUGAGUAGAUGUCCAUUUAUUUCAAAAUCAUUGGAUAACUUGUUUGAUAUCGUCAGAGGAACACAUUUACAAAGGCCAUCUUUAGCUGUUACAACAAUGAUAACAAUAAUUAAAGAGAGAUUGGAGCAGAGAAUAUGUGACGAAGUAAUGGAAAUAGCAUGGAGUACAUUGUGGAAUGUGACUGACGAGACUUCUGAGAAUUGUAAAAUGUUCCUGGAUGGCGACGGGAUGCAGUUGUUUUUAUCAUGUCUCUCAAUAUUUAAAGAGACGCCAGAAUUGCUACGUAAUAUGAUGGGAUUAAUGGGCAAUGUGGCUGAAGUAGAAGUACUUCGACCUCAGCUUGUCAAAUAUACAAAUGUAUUCAGUGACUUAUUAGAUAAUAGGAGUGAUGGUAUUGAAGUGAGUUACAAUGCUGCCGGUGUCAUAUCACAUAUUGCGUUUGAUGGGGCCGCUGCUUGGAAUGUAGAAUAUCCUAGUAGACAGGAAGUGCUCAGUAAAAUGGUAAAGGCUAUUGAAUCAUGGGAUUUACAAUCCAACCGUAACAUUAACUAUAGGUCUUUUGAACCUAUUUUGCGUCUACUGACCUGUUAUCAUACACCACCAGUACAGCACUGGUCUGUAUGGGCAUUAGCAAAUCUCUGCACUGUGCUUCCUGAAAGAUACUGUGCAUUACUGAAGAAAGAGGGUGGGUGUGAAAUCCUACAUGAUAUUGUGGUCAGUCAGCAGCCCUUAUUGUACCCAAGAAUAAAAGAACUGGCACAGAUUACUCUAGAUAAGGUCAGCUAUGCUGAUGAACAUGAGGUGUUCAUGGAAUAAGGCAGCUCAUAUGGUUUCUUGUAAACAUGUUGUCUUCAGUAGUGGAGGAUUGUUUAUGAUUAUUUUUGUUUUCCUUGUCCCAUAGUGCAUGUCUUAUUUCAAAAAAAUGUCAAUGCCAGUCUGUUGGACACUUUUCUUGUCAUGGGGUUGAAGUUAAUAUGCAAAUAACUUUAUGAGUAAAGCAAUGUACACAAUUUUGGAAAUGUGCGAUAUAUAUAAAAGGUCUAUGCGUAUUUUGAGUCAUUUGUCUGCGCAGAUUUGUUUUCAGAUAUUUUUUUAUGCACAUCAUAAAUCAGAGCUCAUCGAAUUGUUCAGUCUCAAUCUUUGUAACGUCACCAUAACCUAAGAUAUGUAUUUUUGCAACACAUUGUGCGAUAGUAACGCUGUAUAACUGAACAUUCACAAACAGUCUCAAUUGUGAUAAUAGUAUUUUGAUUGUAACGUAAUCUCCAAAAACAAAAUGUAAAAUGUUGUGCUGCUACAUCACAGCUACCUGAAAAUAGUUUCAUUGUUACAUAAUACGUAUUUGAGCAAACAAACUAAUCA